GCUCUUACAUUAUACAGAUACUCGUGGCGAUAAGCGCAGCAGCACACAACACAAUGGCCACGAUACAAAGCACUACACCGCCUAACACGCUGGAAGAGCCAGACUCAUCACAACGCCCUACAACUCCAAGAGUAAUUCGCACCGUUGUCCACGAUGAAGGCCUGCCAGAAGUUGUCUACCAAAAUCAACCCAUAAAUGCCACAGAAUACUACGACGCUCCGAUACCCGUGGACACAGAAACAGACAAGCGAUACAAUGAAGCUCCCAUUCCAAUCACAACACUCGACAAAUUUGAACCUGAACCUGCACCUCCGCUACCAGCUCGCCCGCCUUCUAGUACACCGCAGCCUCAGUACCCCUACCCCUACAGCCCAGGCGGUUAUGCUCAGCCACAACAUCCUGGCUUCGGGGCUCAGUCACCGCAACUACCGCCUUACAACAGCAACGAGGUUGUAACGUAUGUGACACCGCUCGAUCAGCUUGGAGACCACCCAAAGUUUGUGGAUUGCCCGUUUUGUAGACAUCGCGCAGAAACGCGAGUAAAGAAGACGUCUUCAAAAAUGACACAUGUUUCUGCAACAGUCCUCGGAUUCACAACAAUAGCAGGCGCUGCUGUUCCUUAUGCUGGAAAGUGGCACUCCCACACAGCUCACUACUGCAGCAACUGUGAUCAUAAAGUGGCAAUUCGAAAAUGGGGAUCCAGACAGAUGAAGCCUCUGGGGACACCCGAUCAUCUGAGGGAGUUUGUACUGUAUGGCCCUGGCUCAAUUUCUCAACACCAAUUUCACUUCUCAACCACUCCCACCUCUCGCACGGCACCUUCAACCUCGUCGUCGCACAACCUCACAGCAAUGGGAGACUCAACAGAGCACCACGAUAUUCUCGUUCUGGGAGCUGGCCUCUCUGGUAUUAAUACCGCCCACGUCCUAAGCCAGAAACUUCCCCACCGUUCGUACACGAUCCUCGAGGCGCAAUCGGCCAUUGGCGGCACAUGGCGCUUCUUUCAAUACCCAGGCUUUCGAUCCGACUCUUUCAUGACAGCUUUUGGUCUGCCAUGGUAUCCUUGGAGACAUAAACAUAAGAUGGCGCAGGCGGGCGAGAUCGUCGAGUAUCUGGAGGAAGCUGUUGAUGCAGCAGGCUUGAGGGACAAAAUUCGGUUCCGACAUAAGAUGCUGGCGUGUGAAUGGCGAACAGAUGAACAGCAUUGGAGGAUAGAAGUUGAUUCGGACGGCCAGCGAAAGACCUUUAUCGCCAACUUUGUCAUCAGCUGCGUGGGAUAUUAUGCGUACGACAAGGCUUUUCCGACGACAAUUCCUGGUCUCAAGGGCUUUGGCGGACAGGUCGUGCAUCCUCAAUGGUGGCCUGAAGAUCUCGACUACUCUGGCAAACGCGUCAUUGUCAUCGGAUCAGGAGCUACAGCGAUCACAGUUGUCCCAUCACUUGCUGAGAAGGCAGGGAUGGUGACUAUGCUUCAGCGCAGCCCGUCCUUCGUCAUAUCCCGACCUACGACUUCAAGUCUCGACUCUUGCCUGAAGUCCCUGCUCCCUUUCUCAUUAGCAUACUGGUUGAUAUACUGGAAAGACGUGUUCCUGGAGGUCUUUUCCACACAACUUCUCCUCAACUUCCCUGCAUUGGGCCGCAAAGUCUUGAUGGGGGAGAUGCAAAAGGCACUGCCCAAGGACAUCGACGUCAAUGUGCACUUUAACCCCAGGUACAAUCCUUUCCAACAGAGACUUUGUAUGUGUCCAGAUGAGGACUUCUUCAAGGCUCUGCAUCAGGACAACUGCGAGAUUGUGACGGACACAAUUGAGACUGUCACAAAGGAUGGUAUUUUGCUCAAAUCCGGCCGCAAGCUUGAAGCCGAUAUAAUCGUUACUGCAACAGGGUUGUACUUCCAACUCUUCGGCGGCAUGACCCCGUUAGUAGAUGGGCAGCCCAUCGAGGUUGGCUCACAUUACGCCUGGCGUGGCUGUAUGGUCGACUCUGUCCCUAAUAUGGGCUUCGUGAUGGGCUACGUGACAACAUCAUGGACACCCGGCGCUGACAUUAUGGCCAAGACAUUAAUAAGUGUUAUCAAGGAAAUGGAGAAGACGGGAUCAACAAGUGUUAUGCCCGUGCUCGAUGCAAAGGAUAGGAGCAAGCCGCAGAAACUCCCAGUCAGUGCCACCAGCAGUUAUUUUGUCAAGGCUGCGGAUCGUAUGCCAAAGGUGACUGAUGAAGGUCCGUGGUAUGGACGGGUGAACUUGCUCAAGGAUUGGUGUGCGUGGAUACUGGGCGAUGUGACGAGUGGGCUUCUCUACAGUGGAGGACAAGGAAAGAAGGAUAUUUGAGAUGUAGAUAUUUGAGAGGAAGAAUAACGCCACGAGUUUGCUUCUAUGGAUUGUUGGAUCUUGAUGGCGUUUGUCCCGGAUCCGACAUCCACUGGAGGAUGGCUGGCUGGCACGAUUUAUGAAUGAUGACAAUUGGUAUCUUAUCUGGAUCUUACACUCUUACAUCUUGCAUAUAAAUCAUGCUGAUCAAAUCUGAG